UUUUCUUCUCGAAUUUUUGUGCCAAAAUACAUUUCAUAAACUUUUUGAAAACUUGAAUUUGAGUCAUUUGACUCAAUCACACCCAGAAAAACUGAAAUCACACAUGUAACUGGAUUGUUGCAAGUUUGCAAUUACCAAUUGGAAGAACAACAGCAACAGGGGUAAACGAUGAACCAAAUCAAACAACAACUACAACAACAACAACAACAAAACAUAAUCCAUGCAAAUUCUGGAGAGAGAAAACCUUGCUUCUCCUUCUUCAAAUUGUUUCUAUCUCCUAUUUCACAAUCCAACAAACUGAGGAUUCCGGACAAGUUUACAAGGAAAUUUCGCAAAGAACUCUCCACUACCUCUAUCCUCAAAGUGCCGAGUGGUGAAACUCAAAAGGUUUCCAUAGUCAAAGAGGAUAACAAGCUAUGGUUUCAAAAUGGUUGGCAAGAAUUUGUGGAGUACUUCUCCAUAGACUAUGCAUUCUUACUUCUGUUCAAUUAUGAAGGGAAUUCAAAUUUCAGUGUCCAUAUCUUCGAUCCAACGGCCUGCGAGAUUUCUUAUCCAUGUAAUGUGCGAAUUGCUUCUCAACCACGACAUGAACCUUAUCAUGAAGAACUUGAUGAUGGUGAUGAUAAUGAUGAUGAUGAUGAUGAUGAUGAUGAUGAUGAUGAUGAUGAUGACGCUAAGGACAGUACCGAAAUCUUGCCUUCAUCAGCAGUAAAUCUGAGAAAUUCUGAUUCAGAAGUAAUACAACUGGAUAGUGAUGAUGAGGACAUAGAUGAUGCAAGUGAAGUCAAUCCAUUUGGGUGCCAGAAAACUUACUGGAUUGGGAAGUACGCUGAGAUGGUGAACGUUGUAGCUGCUGCUGGAAUCUCCUUGCCUGAAAGACCUUCCUUUGUUACUGAAAUUAAGCCAUAUGCUCUGUUUCGAGGAUUGCACUUGAACAUUUCUUUGCCUUUUGCUCGAGAUCAUAUCAAAUGUAUGGAAAUGGGGUCCAAGUUGAUAAAGCUCGAGGUAUAUGGUGGAAAACAAUUUACAGUUAAAUGCAGGAGAAGUUAUCGCAGAUGCACUUUUGGUACAGGGUGGAUCAUCUUUGCGCGAGAGGUUGGUUUGGCGGUAGGAGAUGUUUGUGUUUUCGAGCUUAUCGAUGCAAAGAAUUAUGUGCUUUAUGUUCAUGUUGCGAAAAAGGAUCACAAAUCAAGGCUUCCUUUGAACAAAGCAUAGUGCAAAACUGCAGAUGCUGCUGAACAAUUUUUUUUACUUUGUGCCAAAGAGGACAUCUGCUAUGGCUUGGCCACCAGCUUGCCCUGGGUAUCCGGCCCACACUAUGGCUGAUACGCGCGGGUCAUUCUUUGCAAAGGACACAUCCACCGGCCCGCCACUCAUCAAGACCAAAACUG